UCAGAUAAAUAUUGGUUGGGGAAACUUUGUGGAAGAUGUUUAGAAGAGCUUCGUGAUUUGUGUGGAUAUCUGUUUGUCUCGACAAUGAGUUUGUUUAAAUACACCAGAGGAGGGAAAUUAAGUUAACAGGUGCGUAAUUGUUGCAGUACAACAUGAAUCCUGGUGGCUUCGGAAGCGGCGUGCGCUCUGUGGAGAUCGUGGGGAGAGCGCGUUAGUUGAUGGCACUGCGCGCCAGGAGGACUUUACUUUGGUUCGGUCAGUUUUUGCGCGGAGUCUCUCGGCUGCAGGGUUUCUGGUCCCGGCGCUCCAGCAGUCUGCUGUGUCUCUCCACCAGCCAGGACCAAGAGCAGGGGACAAGCCGCAACCAGUGUCCAAAGAGACAUCCAGCGCAGCAGCAGCACUCUCGGGCCUGCCCCUAUCCGCCCUUCCCCGACUGCUGCUGCGCCUUCCCGGGGGAUCAGAGGGGACAUGAACCCCUCAGCCGCCGGUUCCUGGUGGCCAUGAAGAGGCAGAACGUGCGGACGCUGUCCCUGAUCGUCUGCACGUUCACCUAUCUGCUGGUCGGGGCCGCUGUGUUUGACGCGCUCGAGUCGGACUUCGAGAUGCGGGAAAAGGAGCAGCUCGAGGCGGAGGAGAAGCGACUCCAGGGCAAGUACAACAUUAGCGAGGACGACUAUAGAAAGCUGGAGACCAUCAUCAUGGAGGCCGAACCCCACAGAGCGGGGGUCCAGUGGAAAUUUGCAGGGUCCUUUUACUUUGCCAUCACUGUCAUUACGACUAUUGGUUAUGGCCAUGCGGCUCCAGGCACAGAUGCAGGAAAGGCAUUUUGCAUGUUUUAUGCGGUGUUGGGCAUCCCUCUCACUCUGGUGAUGUUUCAAAGUCUCGGCGAGAGGAUGAACACCUUUGUCAAGUACCUGCUCAAGCGCAUCAAAAAGUGCUGCGGGAUGCGCAUCACUGACGUCUCCAUGGAGAACAUGGUGACCGUAGGGUUCUUCUCCUGCAUGGGAACGCUUUGUAUCGGAGCGGCGGCUUUCUCCCACUAUGAGGACUGGAGUUUCUUUCAAUCCUAUUAUUAUUGUUUUAUAACGCUCACCACAAUUGGGUUUGGGGACUUUGUAGCCUUGCAGAAGAACAGAGCCUUACAGAGAAAGCCACUCUACGUGGCCUUCAGCUUCAUGUACAUAUUAGUGGGGCUGACGGUGAUUGGAGCAUUUCUCAACUUGGUGGUGUUGCGUUUCCUGACCAUGAACAGCGAGGACGAGCGGCGGGAUGCGGAGGAGAGAGCCUCUCUUGUGGGAAAUCGUAGUAGCAUGAUUAUCCACAUCCAGGAGGACACACUUCAGAGGAGUCGACGGAGACGAGAGCAGCAGCAACAACGCUACAGAUCAGAAGUUACCAAUCUCCAAUCUGUGUGCUCAUGCAUGCAUUACCAUUCGCAUGAGUUUGGAAGUUCAGUCGGGCUUGGGUUGGGCAUCGGAGGAGGCGGAGGGGGCGCGUUUCCACACCAGAACUCGUUCGGCUCCCAGUUGAGUCCGCAUCAGUACCAUCACUCGACGGUGUCCUACCACAUUGAGGAAAUCUCGCCGAGCACGUUGAAAAAUAGCUUCCUACCCUCACCUAUCAGCUCUGUCUCACCUGGGCUGCACAGCUUCAUGGAAAACCUCCGAUUGAUGAGACGACGCAAGUCCAUUUGAGGACAAAUGUCACUUGGUUUGGGUUUCUCGAGAAUGCGGUAUUUAUUCAAUAAUCGCAAUCACACACAUCCAAUGCUGCUGCUCUCCCAAACCUCAAUCCUGCUCUUUGUCCUUUUUUUUUGGCUUGUGCGAGAUUAUAAACAUGCGGAAGUAAUGUCAGACCACGUGAGUAGGAUGGUCGGCUGGAUGAUGGAUAUACAGCAUAUGACUUUGCUGAUUAAGAAAAAGCAUGAAGCAUGGAUAUCUAUUUUUGCAGAAAAACAGCACAUGGUCCUUCUUUGCCCAUUUGAGCAGCACCUAUGGAUCUACUAUAACCCUGAUAUCAUAUCAGAUGAUGCACACUUGAGUUUUGAAUAAUACAGAGGGAGAUAUAUAAUUUUUUAAAGGGACAUGUUA